UGCCGCCUCUGCGCCAAUCCGGGCUAAUAUUUUGCCCGGUAGCAUGUUUGGCUAACCCCUUGUGCACAUGUGAGAUCGUGGAGAAGGGGGAAGCGGUGCGGACCUAAACUUUAUCGAGAGACCAGCAGGAGCUGUAAUCGGCUUGAAAGACAGAUCGGACAUGAAGAAGAAGGCGACGGUUGCAGAGGAGCCGGUCGAGAUGGCUCCCUCGGAGGAGGAGGAGGAGGAGGAGGACAGUGAGGCGCCCGUCAAAGCCAAAAGGAGCAAACCCGACGAGGAGGUGGUCUAUCAGCCGGUGAAACUGUCUCGAAGUGACCUGUACAGACCGCCCACUGCGGAGGAGCUCAGCCAGCUGAAGGAGACCGAGAGCCUGUUCCACUGCAGCCUGCUGAAAAUGCAGAUGGAGGAGCUGCUGAGGGAGGUCGCCCUGAGUGAGCACAGGAGACAGCAAAUAGACUCCUUCACUCAGACGGUCACCGAGCUGCUGCAGGCUGUGCCCGAUUCCCCAGAGGUUGAGGUAAGUGACCUCUCGUGGCUGUCUGGUGCCGUUAAGAUCCCUUUCCUCCUCAUGCCCAAAGUGACAAAAGGCAAGUUCCACAUGGCGCCUCCUGCUUCCGUCGAUCUGAUAGGAAGCUACCCACUGGGCACCUGCACCAAACCACGCAUCGUGGUGGACCUAGCUGUCACAAUCCCAGCUGACGUCCUUCACCCAAAAGACAUCUUGAACCAGAGGUAUCCGAGAAAAAGAGCACUCUACCUGGCAGGCCUGGCCCAGUAUCUCGCAUCCUCCUCAGACAUCGGAGCCAUGCGUUAUUCCUGUCUCCAUGGGAACCGACUCCGACCCGUUCUGCUGCUGACCCCUCCAGACUCUUCCAGCUUCACCGUGCGCGUUCAUGCCUGUCCGCCCCCUGGGUUCUUCAAGCCCAGCCGUUUUCACCCCCAGAGGAAUAAUAUCCGCACAGAGUGGUACACCGGAUUGCAGACCUCCCAGUCUGAUAGCAGCGAACCUCCCACUCCGCAUUACAACAGCUCCGUUCUGGGGGACUUACUGCCCAGGGCCCACCUCCAGUUUCUUUCUGCUGUCAGCUCCCAGUGCUCGGCCUUUGCCAAAGGGGUCGCUCUGCUCAAAGUCUGGCUUCGUCAAAGAGAGCUCGACCAGGGCACUGGAUGUUUUAAUGGCUUCCUGGCUUCAAUGCUGUUGGCCUAUCUGCUGACCACUCACAGGAUCAGUAACACCAUGACAGCCUAUCAGCUGCUUCGAAACAGCUUGAACUUUCUGGCCUCUGCAGACCUGACCGUGAAUGGGAUCAGCUUAGCCAAAGAUCCCGACUCCACAGCGCCACCUCUCGCUGAGUUCCACAGCGCUUUCCAGGUCGUGUUUGUCGACCCCUCAGGACACCUCAACAUGUGUGCUGACAUGACCGCUUGUACCUAUAAACAGCUGCAGCAUGAGGCGUCUGUGUCGAUGCAGUUCUGGGACAACCCAUCAGUGGAUGGGUUCCACAGCCUCCUCAUGACCCCCAAACCCAUGAUAAGGACAAGCGACCACGUAUUCCAGUUAUGUGAGCUGGUAAAGCUUCAGUCCAGCUGUAAGAAACUGAAUCUCCUCAGUGAGCUGAUGGACCACAGUGGAAAUUAUGUCCACGCGGCGCUGCCUUUCAUACUGUCACUGCUUCAGCAGGGACUGGGCCAAAGGGUUCACCUCCUCACCCACUCCCUCUCUCCUGACCCCGAGUGGUCCGUGGAGAGUGAAGCCCCCAAACACAAAGCUCAACCUCCCCUCGCCUUCGGCUUGCUCUUAAGGCAGGAGCUGGCAGCCUCGGUCCUGGAAAGAGGCCCACCUGCAGACAGCCCCAAGGCUGCUGAGUUUCGUCAGCUGUGGGGCUCCCGCUCCGAGCUGCGUCGUUUCCAGGACAGCGCCAUCACCGAGGCUGUGCUGUGGGACGGAGAGAGCAUGUGCCAAAAGCGCCUGGUCCCCAAACAGAUCGUCACACACCUACUGAGGCUACAUGCAGAUAUCCCCGAAUCCUGUGUGCGGUAUGUGGGGGCGAUGGUGGAUGACGUCAUCAAGACGGGAAGUGAGGUGCCUAGUACUGGAGAGGAGGUGAGUUUACUCGUGGUUCAGGCUUACGAUGACCUGAGUAGGAAACUGUGGAAGCUGGAAGGUCUUCCUCUCUCCAUCACCGCCGUACAAGGAGCUCACCCCGCACUCAGAUACACACAGGUCUUUCCCCCUCAACCACUGAAGAUGGACUAUUCCUUCUUUGACAAAGAGAAGACCUCCAGGUCAUUGGUGCCAAAGGAAGGCAAACCAUGCCCCACAUACAUCACCCCUAUCACAAUGAUUUGUCACAUGGAGGGGAGUGGAAAGUGGCCUCACGACCGCCUUGCCAUCCGUCAUAUCCGAGCCGCUUUCCACAUCAACCUGGGAGAGUUGCUCAAGAAGCAGCAUAAUUACACGUGCAGGCCCUGCCCCACACAUCUGGAUGUCUGGAAGGAUGGCUUGGCGUUCCGCAUCCAGGUGGCCUAUCAUCGGGAGCCUCAGGUGCUGAGGGAGAGCGUGAAUGCAGAGGGCCUGCUGGUUGUAAGGGACAACGAGGAGGCUCAGGCUCUGGAGAUGGCCACAAUUCACAAGCCUCUACUUACAAGCACAUUGCACGGGCUCCAACAGGAGCACCCGUGUUUUGGGUCAGUGUGUCGCCUGGUCAAACGCUGGCUGGGGGCUCAGCUCUUCAGUGCUGACAUUACAGAGGACACAGCGGACCUGCUGGUGGCGUCGCUUUUUCUGCAGCCUGCACCCUUUACAUCACCUGGUUCUCCUCAGGUGGGCUUCCUGCGUUUCCUUCAUCUGCUCUCCUCCUUUGACUGGAGGAACAACCCACUGAUCGUCAACCUCAACAACCAGCUCACAGCCACCGACUACACAGAAAUCAAGAAUGACUUCAUGGCCUCCAGGGAAUCUCUGCCUGUCAUGUUUAUAGCUACGCCUAAGGACAAAAAACUCUCUAUGUGGACCAAGCGAGCGCCCAGUGUACAGAUGCUGCAGCGUGCGGUGAUGGUGGCCGCAGAGAGCCUCAAGAUACUGGAACGUCAGCUGAUGGACGGUAGCCAGACACAAGAUGUCAGGGUGGUCAUGCGUCCCCCUCUGGACGCCUACGACGUGUUGAUUCACCUGAACCCCAAGCAGGUUCCCCUUCUCGGCCAAGCGGUAGACUGUCCCGCCGUCACCUUCAGCAGGGGCGUGAAGACCGGCAGCGUGGCCCAGUCUGGAGGGGCUCUGCCCGUCAUCGACUACAACCCGGUGACGCUCUACCUGGCGGAGCUCAGAGAGGCGUUCGGAGACCUUGCCCUCUUCUCCUGUGAUCCCUACGGUGGAACAGUGAUUGCAGUUUUAUGGAAGCCAAAGGCUUUUGUCUCAAUGCCUUUUAAGACGUCGCAGGUGUCCGCUCGGAGCGUGGAGGUGACUGGGGAGGAAGUAAAUACCGUUCCCAAUGUGGAAGCGAUACUGGAGGACUUCCAGGUCAUGGGAAAAGGAUUGGUGAAAUCAGUGGAAGCAAGGACCGAAAAGUGGAUGGUUUAGAAAACACAAACACACACCACUUUCUCCAGAUUAAUUUUAGCAUCUGACAUUUUCAGCAGAGAAAGUAUAUGGAUAGUUUUUGUUUUGUUUCUGUUGGUCUCACUCAAAUAUAACAACUAAAACAAUGAAUAUUAAACAUCUUUUACAAUUUUAUGUACUUAUACUGUUGCUGUUGAUGAUCGGCCAUGUUUGUUUUGGUGUAGCUGUUUCAGGCCCAAUAAAUACAGAACUACUUCCCUU